CGGCGGGGCGGCGGCGGGCGCCAUGGAGGGUGGCGGCGGCGGCAGCGGGCGGCGGGUGGCGGCGGUGGGCGCGGGGCUGGCGGGGCUGGGGGCGGCGCAGAGGCUCCGCGGGCACGGCUCCCUCCGGCUGCUGGAGGCGGCGGCCCGCGCUGGGGGCCGCGUCUGCACCCGCCGCUUCGUAUCGGGGCUGGUGGAGAUGGGGGCACACUGGAUCCACGGCCCCUCGCCGGAGAACCCCAUCUUCUGCCUGGCCACCCACUACGGCCUGCUGGGCCCGGAGGCUGCCCGGGAGGAGAACCAGCAGGUGGAGGCAGGGGGCCACCCCCCGCUGCCCUCCGUCACCUACGGCAGCUCAGGGAGGGUGCUGAGCCCCCAGGUGGUAAACGAAGCCCGUGACCUCUUCAACACCCUUCUGGCCUCCGCCCGGGCUUUUUGCGGGUCUGAGGAGCCGCCGGCACCCAGUGUGGGACAGUACCUGCGGAUGGAGAUUGCCCGGAGGGUCCCUGCUUUGGGAAGGGGCGAGGAGGACGCCCAGCGGCUCCAGCUGGCCGCCCUCGCCGCCUGCCUCAAGCUGGAGUGUUGCAUCAGCGGAACCCACAGCAUGGACCUGGUGGCCCUGGAGCCCUUUGGGGAGUACGUCUCCCUGCCUGGCCUGGACUGCACCUUCCCGGGCACUUCCUCCCGCAGAGGCUACAGUGGCUUGCCCGAUUGCAUGCUCUCGGCUCUGCCAGAGGGCACUGUCCUGCUCAACAAGGCAGUGAGGACUAUCUGGUGGCAAGGGUCCUUCCGCGCGGAAGGGGACGAGGCCAGGGAUUUCCCUGUCCGAGUGGAGUGUGAGGACGGAGACACCUUCCUCGCUGACCACGUCAUCGUCACCGUCCCGCUGGGUUUCCUCAAGGAACGCCACCAGGACUUCUUCCAGCCUCCCCUGCCCAAGCAGAAAGCAGAGGCCAUUCGCCGCCUGGGUUUCGGCACCAACAACAAGAUCUUCCUGGAGUUCGAGCGGCCUUUCUGGGAACCCCAGCAGCAGCUCCUUGAAGUGGUGUGGGAGAACGAGUCGCCCCUCGAGGAGCCCAGUGCCAACCUGGAGGCCAACUGGUUCAAAAAGCUCGUUGGAUUCGUGGUCCUCCAACCGCCGGAGCAGCAUGGGCACGUCCUCUGUGGCUUCAUCGCGGGAAAGGAGUCGGAGUACAUGGAGACGCUGAGCGACGCGGAGGUUCUCAGCACCAUGACAUGCGUCCUCCGCACGCUGACAGGGAACCCGCGCCUGCCCGGUCCCAGGAGUGUGCUUAGGUCCCGGUGGCACAGUGCUUCCUACACCCGGGGCUCCUACAGCUACGUGGCUGUUGGCAGCUCAGGGGACGACAUCGACGUGCUGGCUCAGCCCCUGCCUGAGGACCCCAAGGACCCCAGGGUAAUUUCUUUAGGCCCAGGGGAUGCAGCAGCCGUGAGGGAAGCAGGACCCCCCCGGGCGUGGGGACAGACGGACGGGGGGGGGGGACAGGGCACCCCAGGCCCUGAGGAGCACAGGGAGGUGGCAUUCCCCAUUCUCGCUCCAUUCAGGGGUCACCAACCAACCACCCUUGGCUCUUCCCACUGAGCUCCACGCGGGGGGGGAACCCCAUUUCCAUAAAAUCUGGGGACACGCAGCUCCUUCUGACCACUUUCCAGCAUCCUCACAGCAUGGGGUGGGUUUCUAAGGAAGGGAAGGUGCCCACUCCUCGGUCUCUAUGCAUCCGCGGGGUGCCAAAGGGCAGGGAGAUGAGGCUGGUUUAGCAGGACCCGGUGUCCCUGCUGGGCUGGGGGAGGCAGCAAGCCCCCGGUGCUCACCUCCUGCCUCGCCACAGCCUCUGCAGCUCCUCUUCGCCGGCGAGGCCACCCACCGCACCUUCUACUCCACCACCCACGGAGCUCUGCUGUCGGGCUGGCGAGAGGCCGAGCGCCUCAACCAGCUCUUCGAGGCACCCGGCCCCGCUCCUCAGCUCUGAGGUGGCAAAAUAAAACCCGUGCUUCGUGGCUUGCA